AUGUAUGCUGAUGUUGAGAGUGAGGAAGUUACUGAAUGGACUUGUGAUACUGAAGAGGUUGAGGAAGGGUUGAUGUGGCCCAAUAUGGCAGAGUAUAAGUUGUUUGUAACUAAAUUUUGCAUUGCCAACAAUAUUGAAGUUGAGAAGUUUAAGGAUGAUCCAACCAGAUUGAGGUGCAGAUGCAAAGUCAAAAGGUGUCCAUUCAGACUCUAUGCUAACAGGCAACCAGAUGGGCAUACUAUCAAGAUCAUUAAGUAUAUUCCUAAGCAUAUUUGUGUGAAUAAAACUGGUACUGGCUACAAUAGGAUGGAAAACUCAAGUUGGGUAGCUAGUGUCAUUGAACAGGAUAUUAAUGAAGAUGAUUACUCACUGCAACCUAAAAAGAUCAAAAGUAGACUGCAGACAAGGUAUGGUGUUGUACUUAGUUAUUGGGUUGCUUGGAAAGGUAAAGGUAAAUCUUUAACAAAGAAGUUUGGGUCUUAUGAAGAUGGGUACAAGUUAGCACCUGGGGUUAUGGAUCAGAUAAUGAAAAAGAAUCCAAGGAGUAUAGGUGUUGUUUCUACUGAUACUGACCAUGACUUCAGUUAUUGUUGCUUGGCAUUUGAUGCUUUUUUGACUGGUUUUAAGGAUGGAUGCAGGCCAUUUAUAGGUCUAGAUGGGUGUUUUCUCAAAGGAAAGUAUGGUGGAGUGUUGCUUUCUGCAGUGGCACUUGAUGGAAACAAUGGUAUGUAUCCUCUGGCAAAGUUUAUUUGUGAUUGUGAAAACAAGAAAAAUUGGAUUAUUUUUCUCAAUCUAAUCAAGGAUAGAUUGCUAGAACAUCAUGCUCCAUUAACAUUCAUCUCAGAUAGGCAGAAGGGAUUGGUCCCAGCACUUGAAGAAGUGUUUCACUCAAGUAGGAAUAGAUUCUGUUUUAGACACAUAUUUGAGAAUUUUAAGACCAAAGGCCACAAGGGGGCUCACUUGAAGACAUUAGCAUAG